UCGCGUAUAGUCUGAGUUGUAAUAUUUGAACUUAAGAAGCUCAAUAAAUCUAAGUGUACUAUUUACAAGAGGAUUUAAUUAUCCUGCCACCGCCAUGGAUACGGCGGACGUGCGGAAGAAGUUCAUUUUGGCCACGAUAGGCAAUUUUUUCGAGCUGCCUUUGGACGACCCGCGGCUCGCAAUGGUGGCGGACGACGCGAGCCUCAACGAGAUGCUGGACAGCGGCGCGUGUCCGCUGCUGGCCGCCUACCUCCCGCCCGCCGAGGACAGACUUGUCCUCUCUAAUAAGGUAAACUCGUCCGCGGGAGGAGAACAGGUGCUGGUGUUCUUCAAGACCCAGCCGACCGUCAUCACUGACAACAACUACCAUCAGACGCUGCUCGUGUCGUCCAUGCUCGACUCUCCCGUCUCCUCCCUCUACCACGCCCUGCAGACGCUCUACGCCCCCAUGCUGCUGCAGGACACCUCGGCAUCUCGAGAGCUGGACCCAAAGCUGCAGAAGUUGGUGACGGAGCUCUCGGAGGGCCUGGGCAGCCUUGUCAGGCGGUCCUCCUCUGCUGCUGGGGAUGACACUCAAACCACCACAUCCCUGGCGGGAAUUCUGUCAGUAAAGGACGAGCGACAAUACUGGAACGACUUGAGCAGCAAGGCCAGGAGCCGACAGGAGAAGGAUAUGGCUAAGGAGUUCUAUGAACUCCUGGAGCCUCUCGAGCGGGACUUCAGUUUACUGGAGUCAGUGAUGCUGGCGGAGGCGGAGGAGGUACUCGAGAGCUGCCAGAACGCCCUCGAUGAUCUCUGGCAGCAGGAGUUCCCCCAGCAGCGCAUGGCACACCUCCUGCAUACUGCUGCCAACCAGGUUGCCAGAUACGUGCAGAGCCGUCUGGGCGAGGAGGACUUCUGGAAGGGGCCGUUCAGCCAGGUGGAGAAGAGCCUGCAGGAGGGCAUGGUGGUGUGCGACGUCUGGGUCGACAUGUGCCAGAAACUCACAUCCAUCUUCUGGAAAGCCACCGAGGUUAAAUGGGAAGGCCCUCCGCUGGUGCCAGAUUAUUGCAAGAGCGUCUCCGAGCGCCUCGCGCAUAUCCUGAGCCUGCGCAUGCUACACCGUCAGCUGACGCGGCUACUCACCGUCCGGGAGCAGGAGGACCUCAAGACUGAUGACGCCUUCAAGCCCUUUGCGGGGCUCAAGCCCGUCCACUACAACCCUUACACUGAGCCCUUAUGGCAAGCUGCAGUACGGCAGUUUGAGAACUCACUCAAGCCCGCAGAGCAAAGGAUCUCCGGCAAACUGCGGGAGCAGCUGAGCAGGAUCAAUUCAGGAGCCUACCAGCUCAUGCAGGAGUUCAAGCGAUACAAGGAGCUCAUCAAGAGAGACAGCAUGAAGAGGGAGCUCAUAGCAGAGAGAGAAAUGCUCCUCGGUCAGCUCAACGCGCACAUCCAGAAAGCAAGCGCUGACUUCAGCUCGACCUCCGUGAAGGGUCCACGACGACUGCCUGAUGUGCCUGAGAUGGUCAGCAACAUCUACUGGGUCAAGCCUCUCAAGGCCAGGAUACUCGACAUGAAGAAAACAGCGUCUGAGCUGCUGAGUGAGCUCUCUGGGUACGACGAGCUCAUCAAGAGGAUAGAUGAUCUGUGCCAAGAGAUGGACGAAUAUCACAACGAGCAGUUCGACACCUGGUCCAGGGAGAUGCUGCAAAGAAUUAAGACUCAGGAACUCAGUUUGGCGACCGAGGGUCAGGUGCUGUCUUUUGGUGCUGGUCGCCUGCUGCAGGUGAGCUACAACAGGCGACUGGUUGGGCUCAUACAGGAGGUGAUGCAUCUCUCCCUUAUGGGCAACAAGAUCCACCCCGACAUCGUGGCCACCGCCAAGCACGCCGAGAAGUUCUUGCGACAAGCCAAGGCACUCGAAGAGAUAGCAAACUUCCACAACACUAUAGGAGACCAGAUGAUCCCCUCGCAGCGCCCCAUGAUGCUGGAGGCGGCGAAGGCGUUCACGGCGCUCGUGAACCAGCAGAACGGCGUCACCUGGAGCAACACGGCCGAGCUCGACGAUUACAUCCGCAGGCUGAAGGCCGCCACGCACAGACUUGCCAGGGAGAACAAAGAGCUCGCCAAGUGUCAUCUUAUGAUCAAAGACCGGGUGUUGACGCUGAUGAACACAGACCUACUGCGUCAGCAGAGCAAGUGGAAGGAGCUGCUGAAGGAGAUGCGGUCGAUCAUGCACCAGCUGUCGGAGCGCGGCUUCAAGGACCAGAAGUCGUGGUGCGCUCACUGGGACCGGCAGCUGUACAAGGCCCUCGAGCACCAGUACCAGCUGGGCAUUGAGGCUCUCAACUCCCACCUGCCGGAGAUCAAGAUUGAGCUCACGUACCGACAACAGCGGCUGCAGUUUGUGCCGCCGAUGGAAGAAAUCAGGAUGAAAUAUUACAGUCAACUGAAGCGCUUCCUGGCCAUACCAAAUGUGUUCAGGGGCGUAAGUGAAGUGAACGAGAACCCGAUAUUCCCGUUGAUCAUAACGCGCAACGCGCACCGCUUCGGGCCGCUGUACCAGCGCGCCAACCAACUCUUCGCGCGCCUCGAGGCCGUCAAGGACCGCUUCACGGACCUCGUCGCCCUGGGUGCUGGUGACAUCGAGGAGGUCAUCGAGAAGGAGUGCCACACGGCCGACGACUGGGACAGAAACUUCAAGUUAUCGAAAGCAAAGGGCCAAGAAAUAGGCAAGAUCCCCGGCACUGAGGAGAAAAUCGACUGCAUGUCGCUGAGCUUCCAGCCUCUGCGUGUUGAGCUUGAGAUCCUGAACCGCCGCUACUGGGACCUGCUCGCCCAGCGUCUCUCUGCCUCCGUCAUCCGCGACACCAACGCCAUCGAGCAGUUCGCUAAUGACGCCAUCGAGGAUCUGCGACGUCAGCCACAAACCGUGGACGAGAUAGCGGAGGCACAGCGCAAGUACGAGGCGCACGGCCGCAGGACGGAGGAGAUGAUGGUGCUGCUCGCCCAGGCCGAGAAGAAGAACAAGACGCUCGCCGUCUGGACCAAGGAGAGGGUCGACAAACUUGCGCUCGUCACCACACUUUGGGACAACUUCGCCUCUAGGAUGGAGAACCACGAACAGAUCAUCACUAAGCAAGUGGAGUCGAUCAAGAACAAUCUAGAGUCUCAAGUGAACAAUUUCAACGACGAGAUCGCCAAGUUCGGCGCGCGCUGGAAGCAGUUCAGGCCCUCAGAAGACCAGAUGGACGGAGACUCGGCAAAAGUCGAGGCCGCAAUCGCCAAGAUUAAAGAGAAGCGAGAGGAGUGGGACAUUUUGAUGGAAACGCGCGACGCUCUCAGACGCGACUACGAGCAUUUCUCGCUGCCAGAGCCGCACUUCCAGGAGCUGGACGAGAUCGAGAGCGACCUGCAGAAGCACGAGCAGGUGUGGGGGCAGUUCGACGAGUUCCGCAGCAGCAUGCAGGACUUCAACAACCAGGAGUGGAUUGUCUUCAGGAGCAAGACGUACAAAUUCGACGAGUUCCUCGCACAGUGGAACGAGAAGCUGCAGAGGUCAGGCGAGGCGAGCAUGGUGCGCGUACGCCUGCUACAGGAGCUCGAGAAGUACCAGGCCGUGCUACCUGUACUCAAGUACGCCCGCGGCGAGGUCUUCUCUGAGAAGCACUGGAUGGAGAUGUACACGAUGAUUGGCAUCCCGCAGUCUAUUCCUGUCGAGCGACUCACUUUUGGUGAUGUUAUCAAGUGCCGGGACGCGUUGGUGGUGCACGCGGAGGCGCUGAAGGAGCUGAACAGCAGGGCGGCAGGGGAGGUGGUCGUGAGACAGGCGCUGGCAGAGCUCGACCUGUGGGAGGUCGAGGCGAGGUUUGCCCUCACCCAGCACACCGACACAAAGGGCGACCUCGUCUCUCUUAUUAAGGAGUGGAAGGAUAUCAUCAAUAAGGUGGGCGACCACCAGUCUCUGCUGCAGAGCCUCAAAGAUUCUUCGUACUUCGGGGGCUACGCAGACCGAGCGAGGGUCUGGGAGCAGAGGCUCGCAGACCUCGACGAAUUCCUGGCCGGACUGAACCUCAUCCAGCGCAAGUGGGUAUACUUGGAGCCAAUCUUCGGUCGGGGGGCGCUGCCCCAGGAGCAGGGGCGGUUCCGUCAGGUGGACGCUGACUUCAAGGCCAUCAUGGCGGACGUGACGCGCGACAACCGCGUCACCGCCCUCUGCAGGAUCAAGGGCAUCCGCUCCAUCCUCACCACGCUACAGGACCAGCUCGCUAGAUGCCAGAAAAGUUUGAACGAGUUUUUGGAAGAGAAAAGGUCUGCCUUCCCUCGCUUCUAUUUCAUUGGUGACGACGACUUGCUGGAGAUACUGGGGCAAGCGACCAACGCCGAGGUCAUCCAGUCACAUUUGAAGAAGCUCUUUGCUGGUAUCCACGCCGUGAACUUUGAUGAAGGAAACACAGCCAUCACAGCCAUGAAGAGUUUAGAGGGAGAGGUUGUUCCUCUGGAUAAAACCGUGCGCAUCACGGCCAAUGUCGAGGAAUGGCUGGGCGAGUUGAGCGUGCGCAUGAAGAGCACUCUGAGCUCGCUGCUGCAGGAGUGUCUCAAGGAUGCCGGCAACAUGGACCCGCUACGGUAUCCUGCGCAGGUGCUGUGUUUGGCGGAUGCCAUCCUCUUCACGGAACGCUGUGAAGAAGCCAUAAAAGACGGCUCCUUGAGUAACUACUACAAAGAACUACAAACGAAGCUGGAGUCGUACACGAGUGUCGACCUGACGGGUGGAGGUGACGACCAAGAGACGCAGGUGUUGGGGCUGAAGCUCAAGGCCCUCAUCCUGGACACCAUCCACAACAUCGAGGUGGUCGAGAAGCUCGUCGCUGCCAACACCUCCUCCGUGCACGACUGGACCUGGCAGCAGCAGCUGCGGUUCUACAUGGGGCCGCAAGGCACCGCUAAGAUACGCAUGGUGGACGCUGAGUUCGACUACACGUACGAGUACCAGGGCAACGCCAUGAAGCUCGUACACACGCCCCUCACCGACAAGUGCUACCUCACUCUCACGCAGGGCAUGCACAUGGGUCUGGGCGGGAACCCAUACGGCCCGGCAGGCACGGGCAAAACAGAGUCCGUGAAGGCGCUGGGGGGCCUCUUCGGGCGCCAGGUGCUCGUCUUCAACUGCGACGAGGGCAUCGACGUCAAGAGCAUGGGCAGGAUUUUCGUGGGCCUAGUGAAGUGCGGUGCCUGGGGCUGCUUCGAUGAGUUCAACCGCCUGGAAGAAGCGGUGCUCUCCGCCGUGUCCAUGCAGAUCCAGACCAUCCAGGCGGCCAUUAAAGGCAGGGCUGCCACCACAACCCUGCUAGAGAAGGAGAUCCCGGUGGACCUGAACUCCGGGAUUUUCAUCACCAUGAACCCCGCCGGGAAGGGCUACGGAGGUCGCCAGAAGCUGCCCGACAACCUGAAGCAGCUCUUCCGUCCCGUCGCCAUGUCGCGCCCUGACAACGACCUCAUCGCUGAGGUCAUCCUCUUCUCGGAGGGCUUCAAGAGCGCCAAGACCAUCGGCAAGAAACUCGUAGCUGUCUUCACGCUCUCCAAGGAGCUGCUCACUCGUCAGCAGCACUACGACUGGGGGCUACGCGCCCUCAAGACCGUCCUCAAGGGCUCGGGCAACCUCCUGCAGCAGCACAGGUAA